ACACAUGUUCAUGAUUGUGCAGGCUCGUGAUUAUCACAAUGUGUUUGUAAGAAUUAGCUUUUGUCAACUAGUACUUGCUCCCGCUCCACUUCUAAAGAAGACAACAGUCGUAACUAUUACCGACCAUGGCAUCCGUAGACUGGGAUCCUGGCGAGGAGCUCCUACUGGAGAACCCUCGUGUUCGUCACAAGAAGAAAGAUGGUGUGCUAUAUCUGACCAACAAACGGUUUGCUUGGACUGAGUAUGCUGCAUCGGAGUUCAGGGUGUCGCACUUCUAUCCCGCCAUUCGUGCGCAAAAGAUCAGUCCGGAGACGACAGCCAAGAUCCAGAUGCAGAUAGUCCUUCACGACAGCACCACCAACACAUUCCACUUCGCCAAUGACGCCACCGCGACUGCUGCGCGCUCCGAGCGCGACUCUGUCAAGGAGAUGCUCGUGCAACUGCUGGCGCAGAACCGGGCCGUUCCGUCCAAGGAAUUGGAGGAGAAAAACAGAAUCCUGCAGAGCCACCCAGCCAUGCACCGGCUGUAUAAGGAUUUAGUCGGCUGUAAGAUCAUGACUCCGGAGGAGUUCUGGGAGUUCCGUCUGCUGCAGGACUCUAUCGAUCAGUCGGCGCAGCAGAGCGCGGGUGUGUCGUCGGCGUUUCUGGCCAAUUUGCAACCGCAGAUUGACGGCUGUAACAGUGUCCGUUACAACCUGAAUCCCGACACGAUAGCAGCGAUCUUCAAAACCUAUCCUGCCGUCAAGAGAAAAUUCCAAGAGUUUGUGCCGGACAAGCUGUCGGAAGUUCAGUUCUGGACGCAGUUCUUCCAGUCGCAGUACUUCCAUCGCGAUCGCCUGGGGGCCGGCAGCGCAGCCAAGGGCAAAGCGGAUAUGUUCAGCGAGUGUGCGAAGCAAGACGAAGCCGCCCAGCUCAAGUCUCAUCUGGAAGCGGUGCAGAACCCUCUCAUCGAUCUCACCAAGCAGCCAGCCCAAGUGGAGGAGGGCUAUGGCAUGUCGAGCACAACGAAGUCGUCUGUGCUGCAGCCGAUGAUGCGACGCUUCAACCAUCAGAGUCUGAUGAUCCUCAACUCGUCUUCGUCGGCACCCGCCGAGACAAGCAACACCACUGCGGGAUCGGCAGCACAGUCAUCUUCGGCUUCGUCCACUGCAGUCGAGCCAGCAGCAAAGCGAUCACUUGUACCAUCCCUGAGGGACACGGUCAUUCUAGAAGACCUGGCCGAGGGAGAACAGGCUAAGCUGCCGUCGCUGCAGAUCCGCGACCUGGGACGCUUUGCCGAGGGACCCACCAUCGCCCCGCAGAUUAUCCAGUCGACUGCGGAUGCGACCAAUACGGAGCUGUCGCAGGCGGACACCGGCUUCCGCCACACCGUCGCCCAUCUAUCUUCUAACCUCUGCCAGGCCACCCGUGGUGAGAAGAUGGAGGAAGUCUUUGCUCAGCUGUCGUCCGGACAAUGGCCGGGGGAGAGCACUGGCCAUACUAGCUUUGCCCUGUCUGAUUCGCUGAAGGAGGAACUUCAUAGUCAUCACCUGGCGGUGGGGGAGCUGUUACGCCAUUUCUGGUCCUGCUUUCCCGUCAGAACGAAACAGCUCGAGGAAAAGCUGGUGCGGAUGGGUAGUGUACUGCAGGCGUAUCGUAGCAAUCAGCUCGCCAUGUUCCAGGAGUCUCUGGUGCACGAAGACGGCGAGCUCACCAGUCACAUACACGAAAUGAUCGACGCCGGGCUGGAGAAGUACCGCUCUUGGCAGGCACGGCAGACGGCGAGGCGCCGCACCUAGCAGGCAGCGACAGCAGCAGCAGUAGCGACACCUUGGCGGCGUUGACGGGUGUCGGCGGACCUGCGCUCCUCCGCUCCUCUCUACCUGUUACGGUGCUGCUGUGCCUUGCGUUUUGCACCGUGCGCUCUGUUCUGUAACACGGUUCUUGUGUGCAUGUAGCCAGCUGGAACACACGGCAUGCAAGUCACUGAACUGUAGCAGUGACCAUUUUGAAAGGACCUCGACCUGUCGGAAAUGCUCCGGCACUAGCUGCUGGGUGUGAGCCAGACGGACCACACACACCAAAAAAACCGAUCUGCAUGCGGUCAACAUAAGCGGCCAGCUAGUGCAUGCUGCAUGCUGCAUGUGGCGCGUGCGAGUCGACUCGUACACUGUCGUACGACAUAUUUGUCUGCCGUACCCUGUACACUGCAUGCACAUGCACGGCCAGCUAAUGGGGAGCGUCUGCACCCAGAUCUUGGAACGGCCCGCGGGAUGACCUGAUGCGCAGAAGAUCAGUUUUUGACUUCGUAUCGAGCUACCUUAAAAAGCAGUAGCUUUUUUACUUACGACCCCCACAAUCCCGGUCCAGUUUCUCCGAACAAUGGAUGCAUCUCGGACAUUCAGCCUUUUUUAUUAUUUGAACACACAACCCACACAGGGAACCCACCCGGUACCGCUCUCAUUCUCCCAUGCUUUUAGUAUUUUUUUAGAAUGUGUCGAAUAAGCAUUCCAUGACAGUUUUGUUCAACACAGUAUAUUUUUAACGUCCCAUGUACUAGUAUCGCUGAAAAAAGUCUAGAAAAGAACACCUGAAAAAGUAAAUUCCAUAUUUCUAGUUUUUGCCCAUUCAACUCCGUAAUGCACGUGUACAUGCUGUUGAGAUCAGACGUGAAGAUCUCAACAGUCAGUGUAGUGCGUGAGCAAGGAGCACAUGUGUGUUUGCCGUGUUAGGAGACUGACCUUUCAGUUGUGUUCACGCACAUACUAAUUAUGCUGGUCUUGUGUCA